GCCGCCGCCGCCCCCUGCCGCCCCGCUCUCCGGCUCGGAGCCCGAGUCCCGUCUGUAGCUCGGUCCCCGGCCGCGCGGAGCCGGGAUGCGCUGCUCCUGCUGCGGGGCCUCAUCAUGGAGACCAAACGCGUGGAGAUUCCCGGCAGCGUCCUGGACGAUCUCUGCAGCCGAUUUAUUUUGCAUAUCCCCAGUGAGGAACGAGACAAUGCGAUCCGAGUGUGUUUUCAGAUUGAACUUGCCCAUUGGUUUUACUUGGAUUUCUACAUGCAGAACACACCAGGACUACCUCAGUGUGGGAUAAGAGACUUUGCUAAAGCUGUCUUCAGCCAUUGUCCAUUUUUGCUGCCACAAGGCGAAGAUGUGGAGAAAGUUUUGGAUGAAUGGAAGGAAUAUAAAAUGGGAGUGCCAACAUAUGGAGCAAUUAUUCUUGAUGAGACCCUUGAAAAUGUGCUGCUGGUUCAGGGGUACCUAGCAAAGUCAGGCUGGGGCUUUCCAAAGGGAAAAGUCAAUAAAGAAGAAGCUCCUCACGACUGUGCUGCGAGAGAGGUCUUUGAGGAAACUGGUUUUGAUAUCAAGGAGUAUAUCUGUAAGGAUGACUACAUUGAGCUGCGCAUCAAUGACCAGCUCGCUCGCUUGUACAUCAUUCCAGGGGUCCCCAAGGACACGAAGUUUAACCCCAAAACAAGAAGAGAGAUUCGUAACAUUGAAUGGUUUUCCAUUGAGAAAUUGCCCUGUCAUAGAAAUGAUAUGACUCCAAAAUCCAAACUUGGAUUGGCACCUAACAAAUUUUUUAUGGCCAUUCCCUUUAUCAGACCGCUAAGGGACUGGCUUUCUCGAAGGUUCGGGGAUUCCUCAGACAGCGACAAUGGCUUUUCCUCAGCUGGAAGCACCCCAGCUAAGCCCACCGUGGAGAAGUUGAGUCGAACCAAAUUCCGCCACAGUCAGCAGCUGUUCCCCGAAGGAUCUCCUGGUGACCAAUGGGGGAAGCACAGGCAGCCGCAGAAGCCCGGCGGCGGCGGCGGCGGCCACGAGGCGUCCGAUCUUCUCAAAGCCAAGAAUCAGAAUUUGCGGGGAAAUGGCAGGAAGCAGUAUCAAGACUCGCCUAAUCAAAAGAAAAGAACAAAUGGAAUCCACAGUCAACCAGCAAAGCAACAGAAUCCCUUGAUGAAAUGUGAAAAGAAACUGCACCCACGAAAACUUCAGGACAACUUUGAAACAGAUGCUGCGUCCGACCUCCCCGGUUCUGGUGAGGAGGCAGGGCCGGACCGCGCCGAGGGGCCAUCGGUGGCAUGUAACGGCCACUGCCGGCCCCCGUUCUCAUCCAGAGCCUUCCUGAGUUUUAAGUUUGACCAAAACGCCAUCAUGAGGAUCUUGGACCUUUGACAGCCGUGGGGGCGCUGUGAGUCCCGAGAUGCUGGAGAGGCCUGCUGCGCCCCCCAGCCUUCCCUUCCCCGGUGCAGAGCGCGAGCCGGAGGCCGUGCUGCUGGAGAGGCUCUGGGCAGAAGAGGAGGCCGAGGAUGCGGCGACCGCCCUGCAAACGCAGUUAGAGCUGCAGAUUCACAUUGACCUCUGCAGUGCUUGGAGCCAAGGUUUCAGUUGCUUUGUUUUCUUCUGAGGACAUUUCCUGUGUGACUGGGCUGUGUUUUGUCUCCGGGUCAGGAGCGUGGUGUUUGGCUUUACCACAAGCAGCCAAGUGGAUGGGAAUGUGCCCUGCUGCACGGGAGCGCUGCAGAGCGACUUCAAAUGUGCUGUGCUGAGCUGCGCACGGGCCUCUUGGCGCGGUCGCAGGCCUCUGUUUCGGCGCCUUUUGCUCAUUUCUCUGCCUCAGCACGCUGGGCCCUUGUCGUGGAGUUUUAUGGAAGAUGGUAGAGCCGGCAUCUACGAAGCGGCACUCCUGUGCAGUGAACUCUGGGCCCUUCGCAAGGACUGUGUCCAGGGCACCACAGGAGGGUUUGGCGUGGUGCUCCCCGCAGUCUGCGCAGAGUGCGGCGUGCGGCCCGCUACGUGGUGAUGCGCUUACCAUCCGCCUCCCGCCGCCUUAGUAUUGUGCAGUGAUUCUGCGCGUGUGAACUUAGAUAGUCCAUUUGUGUAAAUAUGUCACUAGUUUUACCUUGCAUCUCAGUGUUGAUUUUAUACUGAUGUUAGAGUAGCAGAGCGUGAAGUGAAGCACUUGGGGGAGGUCGAGCUCUGGGAGGAACGCGGGUAACGCCUAGCAAUGUAUUUUGCUCCUUCAAGAUUCUUAACUCCAAAUAAGAACAGCAGUGCCUGUGGUAAAGGAUGUCACCCAUAGUUGACAAUCAGCAGAGCUUUAAGGAAGCAAUACUGUUCGGGCUGCGCCUGACCUCACUAGAGUUACUGUGGGGGGUGGGGGGUGGGGUUGCAUGUCUUACAUCCUGUGGGAUUUCAUAGUCUUUUUACAAGUGUAUCUACAGAAGGUAUGUCUGCUUGUGAACGUUCCCGUAGAAACCUGAGUUCUGUGUAAGUGACAUGUUUAAUAGGGCUCCGCCAUAACCCUGCAGGCUUUCAGAAGAAGGGCUGUUGUAAAGAGUUCAUUUGGUAUUACUUCUUUGUUUUAGCUUUUUUUUUUCUUUUUUAAUUUUAAAGGAGCAAUCAUAUUUAUUCAUGAGAAUGUCACUUGGUGCUGAGCAGGAAAAUCACAAUGAUUUUGGUGUGGAAUUAGCUUCUCCAGAAUCCUGCGUCUUUUAAUGUGACUUCAUCUGUGAAUCCUGUGAGCUAGCUUUACGAUGUGUUACACGAUUGCACUGCAAGCCCUUACUGGUCCUUCCAGAAACCCGUGUCUCCUCGAGCUCUAUUUACGGUUGGUCCCAGCAUUCCAGAUUUCUGCUAAAUGGUUAAGGGAGUGGAAACUUCAUGAACCUGCAGACGAACCAUUUUCACUUGUUUACUGUCUCUGGAAACCAAUGAAUGUUUCCUAUGUGUGUGUGUCAUGUCUCUCUUUUUAAGUAGGCCCUCAGUCAGCCUUCCUGGUGCCUGUAGAGUUCGGCUUUUCGCCUCUCCUGACUCACGCUCGGAGAUGUAGGGUUAGUAACCAGAACCAGGGCUGCUAACGCUGUUGACAUUUUGAAGCUCCAACAAAUGAGCUCUUGAAUGCCAGCAGCAUUUGCUGACACGCUGCUUUAACGCCCGUGGGACAGAUCAGGGGUGUGCAUCGGCCUGUGGUGUGGUGACACGAGACUUCUCGGGUGAUGGUUUGAGCUUGUGGUGGGACUUAACCCCGCAGACAGCGUGAAGCGGCAACGGGCCUGUGUUAAGUGCACCUGUUGUACUUCCUUCUCGGUGUCCCGGUACCUAGGAGCCCUAGGAGCCGCUGCGUGCUUUUUCCUGAGACACGGGGGCGUGAUGUGAGCUGGCUCCUUCCUGCUUGAGAAAGCGGGAUUUUAAGAAGCAAGAUGGCACACCGCAGGUUAGGUUGGCUUCCUUGUGCUUUGUUUGCAUUCACACGCCACGUACGUUCCAGGGUGAAUCUUUUCUUUUGUGUGUGUGCACUGUGAAUCUUUUCUUUUGUGUG